AUGGCCCUCGUUAAGAGUACUAUCCUGCUAUGCUUGGUAUCAGCAAGUCAUUCAUUGUUACCGAGAGUAGCAACUACGGGAAGAUUUCAGAGCCAAGCCUGUUCGGCAGCUUCAACUCCUGUUGAACUUGAAGAUGCUAGCUCAAACAAGUCGAUUCUUCCACCUGGACGCCCUACGAAUCGCUUUGUAAGAUGGCUAUUUGAUGAUACGAUUGCUCUUCUUAGUCCGAAGGAUAUGAAGCUACUGAACCGCAAGGAAAAGUUUGGUCCAAUAUUCAAGACCAAUUUCUUGUUGCGCCCCACGGUUUUCCUCACCGACGUCGAUUACAUUGAAACAUUCUCGAAGUACGAGAGGAAAAAUAAGCACUCCUUCGAAGCAUUCUUUCCCCCUCAUCAUCACAAACUUUUUGGAGAAAACUCCCUCCUUGUGUUGUCUGGAGAGAAACAUACACGUCUUCGUGGUCUCAUCAUGGCCAGCCUGACUCCAAUCAUGACCAAGUCCUAUGAGCCACUCAUAAUGGAGAGUGUCCAGUCUUUCCUAAAAGUUCUGCGUACUGACACAAAGGAUUCCUACGCUGAACUGGUUCCAAGAAUUCGUUCUUUGUUCACUGGCAUCAUGCUGCAAGUCAUUCUGGGCACCAGAGACGUUUCGGCAGACCUUGUAAACGAUAUUUCGAUAUGGGCCCUCGGACUAGUGGCUCCGCCAUUGACAGCAUUACCAUUCACAACGGCAGGAAAAGCCAUGAAAGCCCGGGCCCGUAUUGUCGAGCAGCUAAAGAAGCUCAUGGAUGAUAGAUCGAUUCUCGACGAAUCUGGACUCUUGGCUCGACUCUUGGACGCAAGCGACGAAGACAAUGGUCGGCUAUCAAAAGGCGAGAUUAUCGACAACUUGUUUGCACUAGUGUUUGCCGGGUCAGAUACGACAGCUGCAGCUGCCACCUCAAUCUGCCUCACACUUUCCAAAAAUCCAGGGCUUCGAAAAACGAUGAGCGAGAAUCCAGAUAACAUUGAACCAUUUGUCACACAAGUACUCGAAGCCUUUCCGUCAGCUCCAUUUCAGAUGCGUGAGACGACACGAGAAAUCCGAGUCGGAGAUUAUUGUAUCCCUUCGAACUGGUUGGUUGCUUUUGGGUUCGCUGCUGCCUUGUCUGACAAUGUGCCUCCAACUCCAGAAAGGUUAAAGCCAAGUGACGACAAGGCUCCAAACUCGGUUGCUUUCGGGAGAGGACCACGAAGAUGCCCAGGCAGAUUUCUGGCGUGUUCUGAGCUUGAAGUGAUGACGCAGGCUCUGCUUGAUGUCGAGUUGGAACUCGAACCAAACCAGAAUCUGGAGCAGCAGUAUACUCCCGGCUUCUUUCCUGUGGAUGGGCUGAAGGCCAAAGUGGUCUAG